AUGUGUGCGUGCGUGUGCGUGUGUGCAUUCCAGUGCGUCUGUAUCUGCCUGUGCAUGUAUGUCCGCACGCAUCAGCGCUCCUGUGUUUGUGUGCAUGUGUGUCUGCCCCUGCGUGUGUUUGCUCCCACGGUUCCCUCUCAUCUCCGACGUGAGGUGGGUCUCGCUAAUCAGUCAUCACACGCCUGCACGGGAAGGGGAGGGGAUGUCAAAAUAAACAUGCUCACACGUACACAUGAGCUGAUGAAUUUCUUUAAAUCGGGACGGAGAGGGGCAGAGACAGAGGGCUUCCCGAGCCCCGCACUUAACCUCCUACAGCCCCCCAUCUCCGUGUCCCAUCAGAGCACCGAGCCUCACUGCCAAACACCUCUGAGAUGCCACUGA